AUGGAUACCAUCGUCGAUCCCGCAGUCAUCGAACGCCCUGAAAGCCCUCCUCUUACCAACAACGUGCUGAUAUCGAGCCUCUUCACUCUUCCAGCGUUCCCUGCACCUAUUUCGGGGUGUGGAGUCUGUAAUGUACAGAAGGAUGAUCUUAUCCGCUGUACUACAUGCAAAGUGAUGUUUUACUGUUGCCCUGAGCACCAGGAUGCUCACUGGCCAUCACACAAGGACGAGUGCAACCAAAUGAAACUCCAUAUGCUUGACACCUCCGAAAUCGAACGUGGCAACCUAGACUUUAUCUGCACCUUCAAAUACAUGCUGGUAUUAUUAUCAGUCUACUGGGGUCGCUCGCUAUCUUGGCAACACUUGGAGCGAAAAAUGAAAUUUCUCGGAGACAUUGCCCAAAUCAACACAACUGAGUCAGUCAAGGCCCAGUUGGUCGGAAUCAUGGAGCUGCUUUGCGGAAAUCAAGCUGAACAACACGACGAUCUCCGGGAUAUUCCACCGGCUCUCCUCCUCAGGCUUGGUUGCUACCAGGAGUGUUAUAGCUUCCUCAAAUGCUACACUUUCCCAGCUGCCAACCCACUACAUGAUUACUUUGACUUUGGCGAAGGAGAUGUCUAUGGCUACCUAUCAAGCCCAUAUCUCUUUGAGCCGGUUGAUUGUUUCCUCUAUGAACCGGCCUCUGACAUCCCCGGAGCCAGCCACACGAUUGCUCACCUUGUUUUCCUGGCCAUACUCAAGAUCCGUCUAGUCUUCGAGCUGCAAAAGAUAGAUUCCACAGCCGCCUUGCUCCGCAAGAGGCUGCCGCAAGAGCUCGUAGAUCUGAUCUUGGAUAACGUGCCGGACCAUCCAGCGAUCUCCGCGGAGCCCCGUGCUAUGCGAUACGCCUCUCGCAUAGAAUUGGCACGUAGACCGUCUGAACGUUCACUUUUGGGGGCGCUGCUGAACCCAGGCAAUCACCUACAGGCAAACCCGCCUGAUUACAAGCCGGGGUCCGUGGAGGAAGCGCAGUUGGUCCUGGCUAGGACCUAUCGCGAGUGGGUCCUCACGCCAGGGGCCAUGGAUUACAUUGUGAGCAUUCGUGAUGGCCAAAAGUGA